AUGUCGGUCGAGCCUGGCAGACACGGCAGCUUCAGGGCAGAUUCCAGUCGACUUGGCAGUCCCGAGGUGGCACGACGAAAGUAUGGGCCCAGAGCGUCUCAAAAAGGCCGAAGAGGCGCCAGGCAGAAAAUGAAUAGUCUUGGAUUUCCUAGUCUUUCUCUCUUGGGCACACCGACCACACCGCGAUCUGCAGGUGGGAUUCUCGGUCUGGCCACCACUGGCGCCGCAAACGUGUCGGAACUCACCUUCUUGGAAGACGGGUCUGUUGACGUAGAUGCGCUCGAGAUGGAUCAGCGAAGAGCUCUGCUGCAGCCGCUCGGCCUUGAUGGGGAGGAGAGACGCACCAACGGUACGCUCCUGCCAACUUUCGAUGCACUCAAUCCGAUUCAUCCUGCCGCUCAGCUACAAGCGUCGUCUUUCCUUCGGCCUGUGGGCGACACGAUCAACCCUUUCACCGCUGCAAUUCGAACGGAGCCCUACGAGGUCACGGCUUCGGCAAGUCAUGAUCUUUCUCAGUUACCCACUGAGCAGCAAAGCACCCCAUACUCGGUGCCGAGCGGAUGGGGCUACCGCGCUACUCCCACCGAUCCUCAAAGAGGUCCCAGAGUACCGUUGGCAUGGCCUAGACCAGCUGUCGACUCUGUGGCGGACGCAGAAACCGAAAAGGGAGAACGCAAGAUAGGCAAGGAUCGAGAUAAAGAAAGGGAUGACAAGGGAAUGGCGAAUAUUGAUGAUUGGACGUAUAAUCGACAAUCCGUAUCUCGUCUUGCUCAUCCGCUGGACUUCGGUCUGUACCCUGGCUUGCUCCCUACCGCCUGGCAGUCGCACAUCCAAACGAUCAAAGGCGGGCCAGAGAAGAAUCGGCUACCCCCUUUCCAUCUGACCAACGGGUCCACAUACGAGGGUGCACUCAAAUCUGAGCUGGAGAAAACCGUCGAAAGGAGCCUUUUUGGCCGCUCGCAGCCUCCUUCUGCAAAGCAAUUGAUGGAUACGAGCACGCUCACAGACGUCGUAGAGUCCAUCGUGGUCUCGAUGGAGCAACAACUCAAAGCUUCUCCUGACGCUAGAAAUGUCGCUGCCUUGCGGGCCCAGGAGACGCUCAAACGUUUGACGUGGAAGAGCGCCAUGGGAGAAGGAUAUGCGCGCAGCGUCGCAGAAUUCGUCUCUGGAGCAGCUGGACUGGCUCAGCAGCGCGAUGAUGUACGUACGAGAGAAGACGCAGAAGAAGCGGCUCUUGAGCUGGCUGAGAAGCAAGAUGAGCUGGACCAAGAGAAGAGGGAAGAGGCAGAGACCAAGAGGGCUCAUCUGACGGAUGACAUGCAGAGAGAGGGCGGCUUUGCCCUCUUUCUGGCCUACCACGGUGUCGAGAGAGAUGUCUUUUGGAGCACAGAAGUCGAGAAGCCGGACUCGCGACAACGAAGUCAGAGCAAAUUUGAACAAGGCACUUGCGGUACACCGAUGGAAAAAGAGCCAGAAAGUGGGAGCACACCGCCCAUCAACUGCUUUGGCGCGCCUUUGCUUGAGGCGGCGAUGCGCGGAAUGAUACUGGAUCGUCCGCUGCAAGCAUGGGUGCGAGAUGAGAUCAUCUCUCCCAUCACGGGGCGAACGCUGGAUGUGCUGGCAAGAGCUGGUGCACUACUCGAAGCUAGCGAGCUCGCAAAGCAUCGCAACGAUGAUCCAGCAAAGAUGGAGGACUGCAGACCGAGCGAUGCAACGCACGAGGCAUUGCCGGUUGAUCUAGACGAUCUUGACAUCUCCCUGCUCGGAUCUCAAGAGCACGUCGAGCAGGAUCUUGGAGCGUUUUGGUUGACCCAAAGCCAUGUUGAAGCCAUGCUCCGUCCUGGAGCGCUCGUUGCUCGGGCACGAGCACGAGAUGUCGAACGAGCCGCGCGCGACGAAGCGCAAGUCCACGUCAUGAUUCGCUCGCCUGCCGAGCUGCACGCGCAGGUGCAUCAGGAACAAGACCUUGGGGAUGUAGGACCCGACACUCCCACGCUGCGAUAUGCCGACCAAGAAUUGGACGCUGAAAAGAUCGAUCGCAUACUCAGGCAGUAUGCUAGAUUGGUACCGGCCCUUUCUGACCGCGCUUUGGGCCGCCGAUUGAGGAGCACCAAACUGCAAUCUGGCGCGACGACUGGCAAUGCCGAGCAGCUCAGAGCGGAUGCGGAGGAGCAUAGAAGAGACGCAAAGCUCUGGGACGAUCUGAGAUUGGGAUACAUUGCUCUUGCGAGGAACAUUCCUGGCAUCGAACUGCCCAAGUAG